GCUCGCGGCGGCGGCGCGCGCGCUGCGUGCUCGCGUACGUCUCCCGGAUUCGGCUGCGUCCGCUCGCCCGCCCGUUGCCGCCGUCGUCGCCCCGCCGUCGCCGUCGCCGUCGCCGCUCUCCAGCCUCGUCGCGGACAGCCAGCCGGCCGCCGCCUGAGGGGGUGGGGGUGGGUGAAGCAGCCACCGCCGCCGGGAUGCCGCGGGUCUACAUUGGCCGCCUGAGCUACCAGGCUCGGGAGCGGGACGUGGAGCGGUUCUUCAAGGGCUACGGGAAGAUCCUGGAGGUGGAUCUGAAGAACGGGUAUGGUUUUGUUGAAUUUGAUGACCUCCGUGAUGCAGAUGAUGCUGUUUAUGAACUGAAUGGCAAAGACCUCUGUGGUGAGCGAGUAAUUGUUGAGCACGCCAGGGGUCCUCGUCGAGAUGGCAGUUAUGGUUCUGGACGCAGUGGAUAUGGUUAUAGAAGAAGUGGAAGAGAUAAAUAUGGUCCUCCAACUCGUACAGAGUACAGAUUGAUUGUGGAAAAUCUGUCCAGCCGCUGCAGUUGGCAAGAUUUAAAGGAUUAUAUGCGUCAAGCAGGAGAAGUAACAUAUGCAGAUGCUCACAAAGGGCGCAAAAAUGAAGGUGUAAUUGAAUUUGUGUCCUAUUCUGACAUGAAAAGAGCUCUUGAAAAGCUGGAUGGAACUGAAGUCAAUGGCAGGAAAAUCAGACUUGUUGAAGACAGACCUGGCUCUAGGCGGCGACGUUCCUAUUCCAGAAGUCGGAGUCACUCACGGUCCCGCUCUCGAAGCAGACAUUCUCGUAAGAGCAGAAGUCGCAGUGGCAGCAGCAAGAGCAGUCAUUCUAAGAGUCGGUCCCGAUCCAGGUCUGGCUCCCACUCAAGAAGCAAGAGCCGGAGCCGCAGCAAGAGUCGCAGUCGAGGAAAAAAGGAGAAGAGCCGGAGCCCAAGUAAGGAGGACAAGAGCCGCAGCCGCAGCCGCAGCGUGGACAAGGACCGGAGCAAAAGCAAAGACAAAGCAGAAGAGAAAAUCCAGAACAAUGAAGAAGAUGGGAAAGCCAAGAGCCGCAGCGCCAGCCAGGACAAGAGCAAGAGUCAGAGCCGAAGCCGGAGUCGAAGCAAAGAGAGAGCAGAGAAGGAGGAGAGGAGGGGCAGUGUGAGUCGGAGCCGAAGCCAGGAGACCAGCUUGGGCAAGGCCAGGAGCAGGAGCCGUAGCAAGAGCAAGGGGCGGAGUCAGAGCCGCAGCCGCAGCCGCAGCCAGAGCAAGGACAAGAGGAAAGGCAGGAAGAGGAGCCGGGAUGACAGCCGUAGCCGCAGCCGCAGCCGUAGCAAGAGCUCCAAGAGCAAGAGACACAGCAAGCGAGAGGGCAAGGGCAGCAGCAGCAAGAAGAAGAACAAGGAGGACCCAGAGCGCUCCCGGUCCCGGUCUAGAUCCCGCUCCCAGUCCAAGGGGAAGGAGCACCUAAAGCUCGAGGCCGGCCCAAAAGAAGGCAGAGGUGACGGGGAGGAUGCGCAGGCAAGCCAGGAAACCCAGUCCAGGUCCAGAUCCAAUUCCAAAUCAAAACCAAACAUUCAAUCAGAAUCUCGUUCCAGAUCAAAAUCAGUCUCAAAAACCAGGUCCCGAUCCAAAUCUAGAUCUGCCUCCAGAUCACCUUCCAGGUCUCGGUCUCGAUCCCGCUCAAGGUCCUAACGUGGCUGCCAGCACAGGCGGAGGAAACUCCAUGAGAAGAGUCUUUUGUACAUGUUGGGUAGCUGUAGCACAAGUGAUUGAGGUAGAACCCAUGUCAAUGCUGUACAUUUUUAACUCCCCCAAUGGUGUGUCUGUAAUUGUGAAAUCUCAGUGCCCGCUCCCUCUCCGUGAGGCCUCCUGGGGCCAGGCUUUUCUGCUCGAAUGAAAGAUGCCCUUUAGUAAACAGCCCUCACUAGACCAUCCCAAAUGCCUCAACCUUCAGGCCUGGCCUUACAGACAGGGAGCUUGGUUCCAGUGGCUUGGAGGCUGGAAUGAUGACAUAGGUAGGUAUGAUGACUUCAACCAUUUCUGCCCUUGGAUUGAUGCCCUUUGAUGUAUGCCAUUUAGUGAAAGUGCUAAGUCUUAAGUUUCAUACUACUUUGGUUUCAUAUUUUUGGACUUUAACAAAGUUGUGAAUAGCACAGUCAAGAAAAUUGAUUCCUGCAGUAAUCCAUAGGAAAUCCACUGUAGAGUUCCAUAUUCUGGUAUUGUGACUAUACUCUUGUUUUAUAUUAAAAAAAAAAACAAAAAAGAUUUUUUUUUAAUUUUAUUUUUCCCCAUCUUGCAAAGUACAGUGAUCCCUGUUUCCAUUAAAUUUGAAUAAAGACUAUUUUUGCUUGACAAAA